AAAAUGGAAAAGACACUCCUUGCAAUUGGUUUAUUGAUGUUAGUAGGAACACUUUACAAUGUUCAAAAUGUUCCUGAAAUGUAAUUGGCAUAAUAAUUCACAAAUUAUUAAACCACAUUCAAUAAAUAAUACUCAGGAUCUGAACUCCUCUAUAGAUUAUCAGUUUAUGAGGCUAAUGUUGCUGACAUUAAUGCCAGAAAUGCUAGAGUAGGAAGAAAAAUCUUUGGUGAAACAUAAUUCACAGAUCUUACAGAUGAAGAAUUUGCUGCCACAUAUUUAACACUUAGAAUAAUUCCAGAAGAUUUAGAAGUACCAAAAGUAAAUUUCAAUAAUGUUAAUGCUACACCAAUUGAUUGGAGAUCAAGAGGUGCAGUUCAAUAUGUCAAAGAUUAAGGAUAAUGUGGAUCAUGUUGGGCUUUCAGUACAACAGGUGUUUUGGAAGGAUUCUACAAAAUUAGAGAUGGUGAAUUACCAGAUCUCUCAGAAUAAUAAUUAGUUGACUGUUCAACUUUAAUUGACUUCAAUUAAGGAUGUAAUGGAGGUAUGCCAUCAAGAGCAUUGAACUAUGUUAAAAGAAAUGGUCUUACAACUUAAGAUGCUUAUCCAUAUGUAUAAUUAUAUAUUAAUCAUAUAAUAGAAAGCUAAAGAAAGUGGAAGUUGUUUAAUUAAAGGAGGUCCAUACAAAGUUAAUGGAUCAUUAGCAAUUGCUAAUAAUGAAGCUGCUCACUAAGCUGCUCUCUAAAAUGGACCAGUUUCUGUUGCUGUCAAAGCUUCAGAUUGGAAGAACUAUUAACCCACAGAUACCAACUAUAUCUUCCCAGAUUCUGAAUGCACAGGAUAAGUUAACCAUGCUGUCUUAGCUGUUGGUUUCACUUCAGAAGCUCUUAUUGUUAAGAAUUCAUGGUCUACUAAAUGGGGAGUUGAUGGAUACAUCUAUCUUUAAGGAGGAAGAAACACUUGUGCUGUCUGGGAUAACUCUGUUGUUCCAAAAUGAUGAUAUAAAUCAUUAAUCACAAUAUUAAAAUAUUAAUUCCAUUAUUA